ACAGUUUGCUCCAAUCGCUUAAACCGGAAGGUGGCUGAAACCUUAAGUUAUUUCAUUGGCAUUUCACGAAAAAAUAUAAAUAAAAUCGUUUUGCCGUGUGAUGGCUUUUCUGCGUUCGGUAACUAAGCAAAGUGUCUAUAAAAAAUACGGUUUAUUUUUCGAUUCGUUUCAAAAUUUCGGAAAAACCAAUUUAAAUAUCGGUCAAACCGCAUUAAAAUCAACAGCCGCAAGUAGUACCUUAGUGCGAAAUGCAACAAACGCCGUCGAAAGCCAGUCUCCAAAAGAUCCCCUUGACAUUAGUUUUUCCGACCCUAAGGCAGCUUUCAAAAGCAAGACCAACUGGGAACUUAUUAGGGCAUACCUGGUUUAUGCACUAUGUUCCGUCGAGUAUUUGGUUACCCACAAUAUGAAGUUGAUGAAGUUCGCAGAGAAGGUAUUAGGGGAGAAGCUAUUCAUAAUGUUGAUGAAAGGAACAUUUUAUGGGCAUUUUGUUGCUGGUGAGGACCAGAUUAAAAUAAAACCAACACUACAGCGACUAAGAUCAUUUGGAGUUAAACCCAUCCUUGACUACUCAGUCGAAGAGGAUUUGUCUCAAGAAGAGGCAGAGAAACGUGAACUUGAGUCCUCAGUUCCCGAAGCAGGAGAAGAAAAGGUCGAGGGACCUCUAAAGCAGUACCAUGUGGAUAAGACAUUCGCCGACAGAAGAUACAAAGUACAGUCAGCGAGGACAUACUUCUACCUCAAUGAAGCCCAGUGCGAGAAGAACACGGAAACAUUCAUCAAAUGCUUGGAAACCAUAGCAGAGUUUCAGCAAACAUCUCAAGGCUCUACUUAUGGCACCGGGAUCGCAGCUGUUAAAUUCACUGCUUUGGGCAGACCACAACUGUUGCUUCAACUUUCUGAAGUAAUUAUGAGAGCAAGACAGUACAUGACCGAAAUUGUUGGAGGUGAAGGUAACGUUUUGUGUCAUCACAUGAAGUAUGAAGAUUUGGAGGCGAAAUUCGAAAAAAUUCAAGAUAAAGAAUCCUUACGAAAAUUCUUGAAGCAAGUUACAUACGAUAAACAAGGUGUUCUCCACUUAUUCCCCUGGUCGGGUAUUAUUGACGAGAACCAAGAGUUGAGUGCUUCCUUCAGAGUUCCAGACUUAAAAUCAGGAAGGAUGAUCAGGCUAUUAACACAGCUAUCACCAAAGGAGGAGGAGAUGUUCAGAAAUAUGGUUAGGAGAUUUAAUACCAUUGUGAAAGCAGCACAGGAAAUGGAUGUUAGGAUAAUGGUUGAUGCAGAACAAACUUACUUCCAACCAGCAAUUACCCGAAUUACUCUGGAAUAUAUGAGAAAGUACAACAAACAAAAAGCGAUAGUAUUUAAUACUUACCAAUGUUAUUUGAAAAAUGCUUUUGAUGAAGUUUCGACUGAUUUGGAACAAGCAAAACGUCAAGACUUCUAUUUUGGAGCUAAACUCGUUCGGGGAGCAUAUCUCGAACAGGAACGAGCCAGGGCAGCCGCGAUGGGCUAUCCUGACCCAACCAAUCCAGAUUACGAAGCUACGUCUGAGAUGUAUCAUAAAACUCUUUCAGAAUGUUUGAGGAGGAUAAAGGCCUUCAAGCAAAAAGGAGAAGACAAGAAAAUUGCUAUAAUGGUAGCUUCUCACAAUGAAGAUACCGUGCGAUUUGCUAUUAAAAAAAUGGAGGAAUUUGGGAUAGAACCCAAAGAUAAAGUGAUAUGUUUUGGACAAUUGUUUGCUAUGUGUGAUUAUAUUACUUUCCCAUUAGGUCAAUCUGGAUAUUCAUCUUAUAAAUACAUCCCCUAUGGACCUGUAAAAGAAGUAUUACCGUAUUUAUCUCGAAGAGCUCACGAAAAUAAAGGAGUAUUAAAGAAAAUUAAGAAAGAAAAGAAAUUACUUGCAAGCGAAAUUUUCAGGCGCUUAUCUAGAGGUCAAUUAUGGUAUACACCUAAAGGAAAUUAUGUUCCCGUAUAAACACUAGAUCUCAAACACAGCAACCAUAAAACCACUGUGCAGGUUUUACCUAGUUUUGCGACUUACCUACCCGUUUUGUAGAUAACUAGUUGGCAGACAAAUAAAACUAACGUCGUUACAGAAAAAUCUGCGUGACAAAUUCCAAAAAUUUAACAUCAAUUGGCCUAAAUAUACAUAAAAUAAGCAGUCCCUAUAUUUUUACAAACAUGUAAAUAUAAAGCAAAUAAAGGUCAUUUUUAAUACUGUCUGAUAACGGAAAGAAAAGACUGUGUUUGAUAAUAUUUUGAAAUGUCAUUGCCUUAAAAUAUAUAACGAAGGAAUGUUUUAAGUCAUGAAUUCAAAUCAAAACAUUUUACUAAAACAGAUCAUUGAUAAAUGAUCUGUUUUUAGGGUAUCUUAUGAUUGCAUAUUGAAGCGAACCUCGUUUGUUGAUUUGCUGAUUUUUAUUUCUAAAUCGAAUUUAUAGUUAUAGAAAUAAAAAUAAUUUUAGUUUAUAUCUUAUUGUUAACAUAUUUUUUAGGAUUGUGAUUUUUGUGUUUACUGAUAAUUAUUACAGAGAAAGGACUUAAACGUCGCACAUGUUUUUAACUGCGUUAAUUAUUUGUUUACAUGUAUAUUUACCGUUGUGAAGUAGGUAUUUUUUUAUUUUGACUAAUGCAAAAAACACAUUUCAGUAUAGAUGCGUGUUGGUAACAUUACUGUUAAUUACUUCUUAAAGUUAAAAUUUGAUUUGGUUUCCAGUAACAGGACUUAAAGAGGUACCAACAAGGUAUGAAAAAAAGCAAAAGUAAAUUAUUAAACCUUUUACAUGCCACUAUACGUGUAGUCCAGUCGGGUUAGACGAAUAACUGACCUAACCUUGCAUGCCGAGCUGUCCCAAAUUUGAUUUUUCUAAUCUUUAGGGGAGGCCAAUAGUAGUGUAAAUUUAAAAUCUCGACUGAAUACCGCCGUUGCGUUAGCUCUUAUUUUGAUUUCAAACGAGAACCAUUUUUGGUCAAUAUCUUCGCCAUUUUCAACUUUAAAACCAAUCAGAUCUUACGCUCGCGCUUUUACCGCAUACGUACUACAAUAAAUAUUGAUUUCAGCAAAAAAUUAAAGAGGUCUAAAUUGUAUAAAAUUCAAUUCUCUUCAUUUUUGUGUAGGUACAUUUUUGUUUUAAUAUUAAUAAUACACGAGAUAAUUGAAUAAUUAUGCUUUAUCUGUCACUAUUUUCCCUCAUAACUGGGAAAAUAUCGACCGCACGAAAAAAAUUAUAAUAUAAUAAUAUAGAAAAUCACAUUUUCAAUCAUUUCAGUUCCUACACUUUUUGUCGAAAAGUUGAAAAUGGCGGAGAUAUUGAGCAAAACGGUUCUCGUUUAAAAUCAAGAUGGCGGCUAACGCAACGGCGGAAUUCAGUAGAGAUUUUAAAUUUACAUUACUAUUGACCUCCCCUAAAUAUUAGAAAUAUAAAAUUUGGGGCAGCUCGGCAUGCAAGGUCAAAUGUUAUUCCGACUGGGCUAACGUCAAAAUUAGGAAAAAGUAAAAAGUAGAUUCGUUAAGUUCCUCACAGUAUUAAAUAAGUAUUUCUUGUCUAAUUUAUUAAUUGUUACGAAGUUAUUAUUUUUUAUAUCCCUCGCGUGUUAUUAGUUAUAAAUCUAUAUGUUUAACUGUUUAAAUUUUAGAACAUGACACAUAUUAUGUUUACUGGUACGAAUAUUAACAACUAUUUAAGUCUAACAUAAGACAUUGUUGCGUUGUGGUUGUGACCAAUAUAGUAUAUUUCAUGUGUGAAUUUCAAUUAAAGUUCAUUUUUUGUGUAAUAUCCAUUUUUUUAUUUUGGUUAUUAGUGAUACUUUAAUGAUUAAGAUUAUUAGUUUGCUCGCAAAGGUAAUAUAAUCAACUGUGACUAAUCAAACGUAAUAAAUUAAAAUAGAGUAGAUAUAUUAAAAGUACGCGUUCAUGAUGUCGACAUAAUUCUUCUUUUGACAUAAUAAUCCUGGAUGGGUCUUUGCUUGUCUGGCUAUGUCUUUCCAGUCAGAUCUCUCUUGUGCCCUUCUCCUCCAUUGUCUUAUAUUUAUGGUUUUCAGAUCAUCUUCCAAGUCAUCCAACCAUCUCGUCCUGGGCCUUCCUUUUUUUCGCUUUCCUAUCGGGUUCCAUUGCAAUAUUUUUUUAUUAUUUUUUUUUUUGUUGUUUUUGCAUCCUCUUGUCUCUGGACAUGUCCCAGCCAUGACAGUCGUUGACUUUUCACAAAUCUAACAAUAUACCCUUCAUUCAAUUCAUUAACCUCGUCGUCUUUCCUGAUUCUCCAUGUGCCGUAUUCCUCUUUUAUCGGGCCAUAUACUUUUCUCAGUAUCUUUCUCUCGAGUGUCCGGAGUUGACCUUUAUCUUUUUUUGAUAUUAACCAAUUUUCACAACCAUAGUAGUCCAAGAGGCAGCGCUGAAAAAUCUCUUUGAAUUUACUAAAGCUAGAUUUUUCACAGUUGAUUACUGUGAUUGUGUAGAGUGUAGAGAAACAUACUGCGGUCGGUCAAGCGAAACGUAGAACAGGGGUUACUGAGAGGGUAUCAAAGUUGCUUUCCUACGAAGGUAAUUAAAUCCAUUUACUAAGGCUGAAAAUCAGUACACACAUUCUAAAUUAAAUAUAAAUAAAAGUUAUUAUAGUCGGUCAGCUGCAUGGCGGGACAGAGCCGGUCGGUCGGCCCCAGUGAAUGUACAGGGUUAUUCACUAUAUUUUGACCCUCUUGUAAACUGCUUUAUUUACAGAAUUAGGAAAAAAUGUAAAAUACAAAAUUCAAUUUUUAAAUUAUGAUUUUUUGACAUAUCGUCGGCUUACUGCCAAAACUAACCAACUCCAUUUUUAAAAGUUUUGAGAAACCUACCUUUAAACUUUAAUUUGAAAUGAAAAAUCGUCUGAAUUUAAAUAAUGAUUUAAUAAUUGAAAAGUAUGACAAAAAUAUUUUUCAGUUAUUAAGUAAUUUUUUAAAAUUCAGUCGAUUUUCAAUUUCAAAUUAAAGUUUAAAAGGUAGAUUUCCCAAAACUUUUAAAAUGGAGUUGGUUGGUUUUGGCAGUAAGCCGACGAUAUAUAUCGUAUUAGUGACGUCAUCCAUUUGGGCGUGAUAACGUAAUCGACUAUUUUUUAAAUGGGAAUAGGGUCGAGUGCUAGCUCAUUUGAAAGGUUAUUCAAUUCCCUAUUCAGUAAUAUAAACAUUAAUAUGAUUAAUUAUACAGGGUGUCCAAAAAAAAUUUUUUAAUUAAAUUGUUUAAUAAUUCAAAAAAUUUUUGUUGGACACCCUGUAUAAAUAAUGAUCUUAAUGUUAUAGUACUGUAUAGAGAAUUGAAUAACCUUUCAAAUGAGCUAGCACACGACACCUAUUCUCAUUUAAAAAAUAGUCGAUUACGUCAUCACGCCCAGAUGGAUGACGUCACUAGUACGACAUAUAUGUCAAAAAAUCAUAAUUAAAAAAUCGAAUAACUCUUAUAUUUUACAUUUGUUUCUAAUUCUGUAAAUAAAGCAGUUUACAAGGGGGUAAAAAUAUAGUUAAUAACCCUGUACAUUCAUUGGAGCCGACCGACCGGCACUGACGGACUAUAAUAACUUUUAUUUAUAUUCAAUUUAGAAUGUGUGUACUGAUUUUCAGCCUUAGUAAAUGGAUUUAAUUACCUUUGUAGGAAAGCAACUUUGAUACCCUCUCAGUAAACCCUGUUCUACGUUUCGCUUGACCGACCGCAGUAUGUUUCUCUACACAAUCACAGUAAUCAACUGUGAAAAAUUUAGCUUUAGUAAAUUCAAAGAGAUUUUUCAGCGCUGCCUCUCCGUCUAUAGGUUACUUCGGGUCUAAUCAUUGUUCUGUAGCCUAAUAAUUUCGAUGUCAUCAAUCUGUUAUUAGAACAGUAUGUACGAUUCCAACUGGAAAUACGUGCAAUAAUUGAUAUCGAUAUAAUUAAAGCCCUUAGAGUCUUAUACCAUGUAUUACCAUGAUGUUACUAGUAUGGAGAAAGUACGUGGAACACAGAAUCACCAAGAAGUUGAAAAUUCCACGUAAUAUAUUUAAUCAGCAAGAACUAGUGGCAUGUUCGGAUCAUUCAGGAAUGCAAAUGAAGAAUUUUGUUAUAUUUAUAGGUAAAAUAAACAUAAUCAUCAUUCAACGUUAAGGUAUGAGUCAAAUAAAAAGCUCAAAAACUCAAAAGCGGAGCCAUUUCGGCGUAUCUUCCAAUUUUGCUAGUAGACGAUUUACGAGAAAAUCAAAAAAGCCACUUAUGUAGGUCACUAACGUAAAAAAUAAUAUUAAGUGUAUGCACUUAUGUUCAUGUACUAUUUACUAGCCAUGCCUAUAAGGGAAUUCAUUCAAACUCUUCGCUUGUUUUUUUAAAAAGAACCAGAAUCUCACUUUUAAAGUUGUCCUGAUUUGUUUGAAGGAAUAUAUCCUUAAAAUUUUAAUAAAGUAUCAUUUGAAAUAUUCACUUGGUUUUAGUACUCUACAAUGGUACUCUCUAAAAAACAGAAAAUUUUGACAACUUCAAAUGCUACAGCUGUGUUUUAAAAAGUUCAAAAUUGUGCUUAUAAGGAAUUAUGGAAUUGUCAACUAAAUACUACGUGAAGGCAAAUAUAUGUAUUAUGUGCAAUACCUAUAUAUUUUUUUGAUAUUAUUGACUUCAAACAUUUUUUUUUUUAUUUUCUCUAGAAUACUCACUAGCAAAAUGGGAGGAUACACCGAAACUGAUGCCCUAAUUAAGCUCUAAUUACGCGCUUUUAUUUGACACGCACCUUAACCUUUAGUGCCGACUGUUUAUUUUGCUUUAGGCCUAGUUUAAUAUUUUCGUGACAAGACAUUUUGUAACGCGACAAUUCGUAACGUCAAAAUUAAAUUAUUCUGUUUAUUUUUGUUAACGUGGAAACUAUCUGUUGUUUCAGUUACAAUUGAAAUUGUGUUUAUAAAUUUAAUGUCCGACUGGUAUAUUAUUUGACAAAUAAUGACAUGAUUUCGAAGUCAGUUAAGUAUGAUAUAAUGCCCUAUGGCGUUAUUUUGAAAAAUAACGCCCUAGGGUAUUAAAUUUAAAUAACUAGUUAAAUACUGUCAAGUUGACAAAUAGCAACCUAAGUAAAACUAUGGUUACCACAAUUACGUUACGACUAUUGCUGCUAAAUGUACUUAUUUGAAAACUAAUUAAUUCAAAAUUCAUUCAAAUUUUUUGCAUAUAAAGAAUAUUUAGUCGGACAUUAAACGUUGAAGGCACCACGGGUAUUAUAGGUAAUAACGCUUUCGGUCAACGUAUAUCCCUCGGGCCAAAGGCCCUCGCUAUAUACAGCAUUGACCUCAAGCGUUAUUAUCCUUAUAAUACCAUUGGUACCUUAAUAACUAUAACGAACCCGCAUCAGUAUUAUAUUAAUUAUUAUAGUAAAUACAUUGUUCUGAAGCUAUUUUCUUGUGGCAUUUUUAUAAUAAAUUACUUUUAAUGGGAAAUAAGCCACAAUUUUACCAAAAAAAUGAUUUUAUUAAGUAAAUACAUUAUUAUUAAACUGUUUUUAUUCGUUUCGUUAUUUUUUAGACUUAGUUUUACUACUUUAAAGUAAUCAUUCAAGAUAACAUAUUAAAAAAAAUUCAUUCAUAUUAACAAGAAUAUGUGUGAAAUAUAUUUAAAAAGAAAUAAUGGUCUUAAAAAACUACCACUACUUUUAGUAUAGAAAUGUAUGCAAAAUGAGUUUUUGUAUAAAUUAAGUAAUACAUACUAAAUUUGCCAAAAAAAAUUUAAAUGUUGGCGUGACGAAUAUAUGUAGUUACGAACUGAUGGCGUUACGAAUUGUCCAUUACCGUUUGUCAGGUUACGAACUGUCGCGUUACGAGAUGUCAUGGAACGGCACCCAAAAAAAGUUGAAGGAUACCUGUAAUGACCAAACUGCUGAUAUCAAAAAAUCCACAGUCGAUUAAGUGAUUUACACUUGAUUAUAUUUCAUGUGAUUUCGUUUUACUUGUGUUAGAAUUAAAUGUCUAUGAGGUCUUUUAAUUAAAUUAAACAAUACUUUUAUGGCACCACAAUUAUAGGAUACCCUAUCAAGUUCACGCAGACUAAAAGUUCAUAGCGUUCUUUAAAAAAUACAUUUUGUACAGUAAAGUAACUAUUGUGAUUAAUCUAGAUGUACAUUUUAUGAAAAUCCUGACUUUCAUGGUAAUCUAGAUUCAUAUUUAACUACCUAUACUUUAUUUUACGUUAAGAACGGACCGUUUUGCUUACGCAGAUCAGUGUUGCCAAAAUUCUCAGGCACGUGUUGCUACUAGAUUCAUUUUCGAUGCGAUAGAAACAGCACCGCCGCGCUUCUAUCGUCCAUAAGAAAUACGUAGCCCUAUCUAUGGCAAUGUUCCGUCCUUAACAUGAAACGCUCUAUAGUUGGUAGUGCAGAGUAGGGAUAUUUUUUAUUAAUUGUAGAAGCUAUCUGAAAUUUUAAUAUGAAUACAGUAUACUUUUAAAAACUGAGAUUAUAUUAAUUAUAGACGAAAAUGGGAAAACGGAAAUAUACUUUUAAUAAUAAUUGGAAAAAUAACGUUUUUCAUAUAUAUUAUUGCUUAGUAUGUUUCAACAGUACUCAUAUGGGAGUUUUUUAUUGUGUUCAUCUUAAAAUAAGCUUAUAACGUAUUUAUUCGUUUUAGAAUCCCUAAUAAGGUUAUCUGUUUGACCGUGGUUACAAAUCAAUUGUAAUUUUUAUAUUAGUAGUUUAUAACUUUCUUUUGCUCAUUACCCACAACAGAUAUUUGAUUAGCCUGUGAUUUUUAGAUUUUCUUUUAAAAAAGUGUUGAAACCCUACCGUCUAUUACGUUUAAGUUGUUUACUUUUGGUGUGUAAAAAAUAAAUUUAAUAAAAGUUU